AAUUAUAGCAAAAUUCCUGCAAUUUACAUUUCACUACGGUUUGUGCGUUUUGCGCACUUCUUCAUUUCAUUCUUGAGUUUGUCCAUUUUUGCAUUUAAAUAAUCUGAAAGUUUACAAAAAAACAAACGAAAAAACCCGUCAACGUGUAACCAAAUUGGUAAAGUAUUGAAAAUUGUUUUUGCGUCUCCAAUUUAGGGCUGUGGUCGCAGUUGGCAGCAAAGCGGAGAGUAGAUAGUGAAAUUUGCUGAGUAGAAAUCAGACCCUCGCUAUAGCUUCGAAAACUUCUGUGUUAAACGACCAAGCCUUUUGAUGGAGUUUGACGCAAAGGUCAAGUUACAACGCUUUUGCUAUCUUGGCAGAUUUGAGCCCGUCUAUAUACAUCUGCGUGGCUCAAUCGAUGUGGGUAAUUAUUGGCCGCAGUUACAGGUUCUCUGCCAAGCUUUGGACGAUGCCGCAAUGCUUUUGAUUUUGAAGCAAGCUCUACAGGAGACCACGCUCGUGCGACGUGAUGAGUCGCUGUUCGUGUACGCGGUUUACUUAGCUAGCGAUGUCGACAUCAAAUGGAAGACAUCGUUGAGGAAAGCCUUUCCGGCGUUAAUACUAAAUGAUAAAGAUCUUUUCUUAUUCUGCAAAUAUGCUACACUCAUACAACGCGAGCAAAAACAUAAGGGAUUCACCAAUACAGUACGUAAAGCCAUAACAUCCUGGUAUGAGAAUCAAACGCCGGAAGAGCUAUGCCAAAUGUGGCUUACGCAUCGUGGUGCACAUGGUUUUACGCACAAAUCACUUAUAAAGUUAUGCCACAUUAAUGACGAAACCAUCGGUGCUGUGGGUGUGGUUACCCCAUUUUUCAAAACCUGUACUGAAUUACUUAAAGCUUCUGAAUCAAGUGACGACGCUGCAACUAUUGAAAAUCGUACAGAUGCGAGCGCACUUGCCGAUGAAGAGCAACAAGCGGCUAAAUCCACUGUCGCAGACAAUGAAAAUACCAAAAGUAACACUGAAAUAUCACCAUCAGCUGUCUUGUCCGUAAGCAAACUUCGCACAACCAAGAAUAAGGCAGAGGCGUUGAAAAUCAUACGUAAAUUUAAGUUACGUUACAAUCAAGUGCCGGGACACUUGUUACGAUUUGGCCCUGUCAUGGAGGCAUUAAUACCAACAAUGUCGUAUUUGCAGCUGUUAAAAAGUUGGCGCAAUUUGGCACGUUACAAUCACUUUGAUAAUCCAAAGAUAAUGAAACUAUGUCAAACAUUAUUCGAGAAUAAGAAGCUCUUGCGCAAGGACAAUAUUCAUCCAAUUGUGUUUCUUAUGCAGAUGCGCGACUUGGGUAUUCACAAUGACUUAGCAAAGUUGGCGCCCAAAAGGGUUGAAGCGAUGAAGAUGCCACUGUUGAAGCAGCUGUACCAGCAGUCAUUUGGUAACAACCAAAGCAAUGGCUUGCGUAUGCACAUCACCAUCAAUAUACAAAAGAAUUACAGGAAAAAAAAUUUAAAGAACCACAAAAAAUUGGGAUUUCUUGAGGCCGCUGUAGCAUUGGCCUUCGGUUACUAUAAACAAGAAAAGGAAGUUGAUGUAUUCUAUUGGUGCGAUGAAAAACUUAGUUUGGGAAAAAUGCUUUGGAAGCGAGAGAUUACCGUAGAAGAUGCGCUUGACGUGUGCAAUGUGUUUGAUGUAACCAAAACCACGCAGCGUUUAAUAGUGCCAAUUUUACGCGCUAUGGAAAGUAAGCAAGUGUAUGAUGUCUUCUUGGUUAUUGUGCCCACAGCUGGUCGUGGUAAUCCCAAACAAAGCUCUGAAUUUCUUUGCAAAUUUUUGGACAAAUAUCGCGAAAAGAGGAACCCGAAAGCAAAGUUCGUCAUACUUGAGUUACUCAAGUUUCGCAAAUCAAUGCGUUAUUCGGAAACACGCAAUGAAAAUAUACUUGAAAUUUGUGGCCUAGAUGAGAAUACCACAAAUUUGAUAAAUAACUUUGCUUUGAAUCGUUUUGGCUAAACCGAUAACUCGAAUCUUUUAUCAACCACAUAAAAUGCUGGAAAACGCCUCAACAGUAAGCAAGCAGAACCAAUUGACUAAGUAUGCUCAGCGGGCAGGUAGAAAAUAAAAUACAUCUUUCCGUUUAUCCUUCCUGUGUGAGCACAAAAAUAAAAAAAAGCAAAGAACGUUUAACAUCAACAUAGUGUAAUAUUGUGAGUGCGCGUUUUACAAUUACACCACUUACCUAGUACACACACACAUACGCUAAUGAUAACAUAUAAAUGUUCUACUUAUAUAUUUACCAUAUGAAGAAUAUGUAUAACUAACUGCAUUAUCAAUAUUAGCAUAGAUUGUAGUGUUCAUAAUUAUCAGAGAUAAUUCUAUUGGACAUUUUUUCUUUAUUCUAAAAUUUAGUGGUAAAUGUUCUUGUUUGGUUUUAUAUUAUUUGGUGAAAUAUUGCAUUUUUCUUUGUUUUUAAUUCAUUAAUUUAAGUCUUGCUUAUUAUAUUUUGUUACUCACGUGUAUACCUCCUCUUUGAGAAAAUAUACCCAAGUGGUAUGAUUUAUGAUUUCUUAUUUAUUUUUAAUUACAAGUUGAUUCAAAUUAAAUGCAAAUAUAUUUAUGCUUGACGCAAUUGUUUUAUACAUUUUCUGUUAUACAUAUGAUACUAGUUAAAAUACAGCCGUUCAAAACGUACUUUAAAAGUAAUGAAUAACUGAAAAGCCAAACAAGCAAAAAAUAACGCAAUUGAGAAUUUUGAACACAAUACUAUUGAAUAUAUACAAUCAAAUCAAAAUUGAUCGAAAUCAUACACGAAACGUACCCAUAUGGAUGCUAAACUGAAAUGCCUUAAGAAAAUGCAAAAUCGCAAACAAUUCGAAAUGCAAACUACCACUUAAGUUAAACCUAAUUAAACUGAAUUAUUGUAAAUUUCAAUUAUACUUUGUGUGCGUAAACAAACGAUAAAAAUUGACUAAUGAAAUUAUUUAGGUAAACGCGUGUAAUUGGCACCAAAAUGCGUGAUGAACAUACCUACAUAAAAUGCAUAUACAUACAUACAUAUGUAUAAAAUUAGUACUCAAAAAACGAAAACGAAACAAAAAAAAACAAAAACGAAAACAAAACAAAAAAAUAAUAUUAAAACUGAUACUGAAAAACUGAACUGAUUCGAAAUAGAAAACAGAACUGACAAAACAAAAUUUGUUUGGUAUUUACAAGUGAUUUUUAAUUUAACAAACAAUUUAGUUUUAGUAUCGAAUCUUAUUUAUACUAUAAAUACAUACACAUACAUGCAUACAUACAUAUACAUUACGAAACAAAUUCACCUUUACACACACCGACACACACUUAAAGUAAUUUGUAAAAUGUAGCAGCUGUGCUAAUUGGAAUUCAAAAUGCAGUGAGACGUUUCAAUAUUCUCGCACGGAGCGCGGCGCGGUGAUACAACCCAAAUUAAGACUUAUUAUCUUAACAAUUUAUUUCUGGACCUUAUAUUACUUAAGCAUAAGUUUUUAAUAAGGAAAAAUCUUAAUUAAGAAAUAGUGUAGUUUGCUAAAUAUUAAAUACUUUUAUGCUGCCUGCUCGUUUGUAAAAAAAUUCCUAAAAAUAUGCACAGCCGGAAAUUUUCACGCCGCCUCUUAGCGAAUGCUGCGAAUCGAACGCCCAACGUCGAAAUUCCAAUUAGCAGCAUCUAAUUGUAACAACAAAACAACAAAAAAGGAAUCUCAUUAAAUUGUGUUAAAAUAAAUAAAUAAUCAUAGAAAUGUACGCGAAACAAUAAAUUCAGUAUGAAGGGUACCUAGUGAAGUAACGACAGAGUUUAAAUAAAAGAAAUAUUUAUAUCAUAAACAAUGCUGCCAAAUUCCAAAUUGUAACACGCAAUAUAGUCCCGAAUUCUAAGUGGAACACUCGACUAAAUAUAAAACAACACUGCAAACGCAUUAGAAAGUUAGUAGUUUAUAUUACAUGAAAAUUAUGCAAAUUACACACAUACAUACAUACAUAUAUGAAACUGCAACUGAGUGAACAAUAAACUAAAUAAAUUUAAUUACUUAAAGUAAAUAGUGAAAUUUUUGUAUUGACAAACAACUGAAAUCUACGACUGCCUUUAAAAAACUGGUUAAACCGCAACAAAAGUAGCCACAAGCAAAUAAUAGAAAAAAAGAAUAUAAAUAAAAUUACAGUUACUUGAUAAAGCAAAUGCAUACAUAGAACAAUGAAAAUUUCGAAGACUACGUGCCAUUCCAGGAAAAAAUACUAAUAAAGAGCCGGAAAAUAUUUGAAUAUUCAAAAUUUGCUUAUUUUAUUAUUGAUAUUCAAAAAAUCGGCAAGUCAGCUGGUUGUAUUGUUGUAAAAAAAAUUAUAAAAUUAGUAGAAAGAAACGGUAAACAAUAAAACAAAAAAAAUGAAUUUAAUAAUAUUAUAUUUGAAAAUGUAGCUUUUAAUUUAUCUACAACCAACAACUACCAAAUUGAAUGUGUGAGAAAUGAGGUGUUUAUAAUUAAAAUUAAAAUUUAAUUAUUAUUUGUACGUACGUUUAUUUCCUUUAUUAAUUUAAGUCGUAAGCAUAUUCACAAAAACAAAAAAAAAAACAACAAAUACCACAAGAACAUAGAAAUUUUGCAAAAUUUCCAAAACAUACAUCUGUGAAAUAAACCGUUGUGAUCGCUAAGAAAUUUAAAGCAAAUAUUAAUUAAAUGUAAAACGAACGAUAUAGAAAUGAAAUUAUGAAGUAUUAAAAUGACUCUGAAUAGGAAACAAAAACGAAAACCGAGAAAAGAAAAACAUACAAACAAAAUAAAGCAAAACCAAUUUUUGUUACCGCGUUGAACGAAAUUGCAAUAAAAGUAAAAUGAAGAAUUUCACAGAUACUCACAGAUACAUACAUACAUAUAAGCAACUAAAAAUAAGCAAAAUUCAAGGUUAGGCAAACAUGAAUGCAGACGACGAUAGAUAACAUAGAAAACAAAUCAAGCGCAACCGAAAAGUACCUUUCAAAACUCCGAUAAAUCCUCAAAAUUUACGCAAAACAAAUAAAAGUCUUAAAACGAAAUAGCAGAAUGAAAAGUAGAGUAAACGAAUUAAAAAUUAAAACCUCAGUUUUUUUUGCCUUCGUAUCGUUUGCCUCGUUAAACUCGAAACAAAAAAUCAACAGAAAAAACCAAGAAAAUAAAUCAAUUUUUAAUGUAAGAGUUUAAUUAAAAUUAAAUUAAAUUUAAUUUUUACUAUUCUUAUUUUAAGCAAUUCGUUGAGAAAUAAUAAAAUUGUUACAAUCGAAAAUGUGCAUAGCUGUUAGAAUAUAAACAGUCUUAUAAACAGAGACACACACACACACAUACACACACACGUACACAUUAAACGGCCCCUUCCUUAGAUAAACACACACGCACCCAUAUGUAAAUGGAACAACUUCUUCAAAAAAAAAAAAAAAAAAAAUAAAAUAGAACCGUUGCAAACUGUUGUGAUAUUUUCAAAAACAAUGUACGAGUAUUAAAAAUGAAUUAUGUAAAACAAAAAA